CCGGCGGGGAGCACGGCGCGAUGCCACUUGGGUGCCAACAGACGCCGGUACUGGUAGGCAGCGCCUCUUUGGCCGCCCUGGGGGCCUUGAACCUGUACCUCGCGAAGCCCUCGGGUUACGGGAAACACUCGGAGAGCCUGAUGCCGAGAACCUCCCGCCUGCCCGCCCGCGCCGCCUGGUUCCUGCAGGAGCUGCCCUCCUUCGUGGUGCCUGCGGGGGUCAUCGCCCAGCAGCUCCGCGCUCCCUUCGGCGCUCCGGGGACCGUGCUCCUGGGCCUCUUCUGCGCACAUUACUUCCACAGGACAUUUAUUUACUCAAUGCUCACUAAAGGGAGGCCUUUUCCAGUUAUAUUCCUUUUCAGAGGCAUUGUCUUCUGCUUUGGAAAUGGAUUCCUUCAAAGCUACUACCUGAUUUACUGUGCUGAAUACCCUGAUGACUGGUUCAAAGAUGUUCGCUUCAUCUUGGGUGUCUUCUUAUUUAUUGUGGGAAUGGGAAUCAACAUUCAGAGUGACUCCAUAUUGCGCCAGCUCAGGAAGCCGGGAGAAGUCAUCUACAGGAUCCCACAAGGUGGAUUGUUCACAUAUGUUUCUGGAGCUAAUUUCCUCGGUGAGAUCGUUGAAUGGUUCGGCUUUGCCCUGGCGACUUGGUCCCUCCCGGCACUUGCAUUUGCGUUUUUCUCUCUUUGUUUCCUUGGACUGAGAGCUUUUCACCACCAUAGGUUCUACCUCAAGAUGUUUAAGGACUACCCUAAAUCUCGGAAGGUCCUUAUUCCAUUCAUCUUUUAAAGAAACUGAAUUUGAAAAGGAGCAACUGCCACAAUACCAGCGAAAACCAUCAAGCUGCUGAACUGUAACUUGUAAAGUUCCACUGUAGAUAUAGUAAUAGGCCUCUUGGUAUCCUGACAGCUGGCCUGGGAAUUCUGACUGGUGCUCUCCUUUGCAUGCUCUCCCUCCCUGGCUCUGUCCUCAUCCACUGAUGCUUCAACAAGUCCCUUCCCACAUGGAGACAUUAGCCUCUUAGCUUUCCCUCCUAGAAAGUGCAAAACUUCCCCAACAUAUUUUUUUUGUUGGGAGAUACAAGUGUAUGUUGCUUUAUACCUGCUCUAUAUCAAUGCAGAACAGCUCUGUACUCAAGAAAGUUUUGGGCUGGAGGCAGUGCUCACAGAAUUUAUUAAAGGUAUACAUUUCACAUCUAUACAAAUUAGCAGAGAUUUAAAUUCUGAGGUCACACAGGCACAGAGCAAACCUCCUCCCCAAAGAAAAUAAUGAAGUCAAGUCUUCCUUUUCCUUACUUAAUCAAGAAACAUGUGAAAUUAUUAAGUAGGUCUUACUAGAGGAGCCCUCUCUUCAUAUUGCUGAAAAUGUAUUGACUUCAGUUUCAAAUACGUGCAGUGUUACUCGAUGAGUUCCUUUCUCUUCCUAAAGACUUCUUAAUUCUGAUUAGAGAACUGGCCUAACCCAGAAAAUUGAUAUGGGUUUUAUUGAAGGUUGGGUUUUAAUGACUACAAGGCAAAGUAAUGGCCCUGGAUAACUGUUGAAAGAAUAAAGAAGUAUUUUACAACAGACAUUGCACAAUCUCAUAUUCUUGAAUACUGGUGGGAAUAUCCAAUUAAUGAGAAAGUGGCAAUUAAGGGAAAUUAAUGGAUGAGAUUUAUCCUGCUUGCCUUGAGGAGACAGCUGCAAUGACAGUGAAGUCGCUGGAAGCUCUGAGCAACUUGUCUCUUGUGGACUCUCUUCAUCCAGGUCCUCGGACCUGCUCGAGGUGGCAUCUCCUGGGGGUGGUGUGAGAACCAGCCACUGAAUGUCCCGAGGGCAGAGGCUGCAGCCGGGGGAAGCAUCUGGGCAGAAAACCUGUUUUGUUUGGCUCAGACAGGGUUUCGCACAUGCUUUGAUUUUUUUUUUUUUUUUUACAUUCAGUUUCCAAAAUUUAAAAAUUAGUAGCUUUCUACAUCAAACUCUGGUAUUCUACUUGCCUUGAAAAUUUGGCGGCUCUGACCGCACUGAGCCUGCAUUCCCAUGUAAGAACUGGGACUGGGUUUGUAAUCCCCGUGGAGGGUUCUCCCAACACGAGAGCUUGGGACGUUGUGCUCUCUAAGAAAGGGGCUGAACCCUCAUAAACAGAAUGUAUGAAAAUAUUUGUCUCCUCAGGUCCAGGCAAGCACUGGCAAACAUUGGCCAUAUUUAGCAAGCCCCUGUGAGAAAUGACCACCAGUUUUAUCAGAUGCAGUGCCCAGUACAGAAACCCACAAUGUAAGUAAGACACACGAAAACUCCAAAGAUCUGAGAAUGGGGUAGAUUACUGAAAAGUACACUUUGUAAUAAUAUAAAUAAAUGUCUAUGCUGUUUCUUAAAUGCCUCUUAAAUCAUGGUUAAGUAGUUUGAAUUAAAAGA